AUGCAACCUCACUAAAAUAAUCAAGACUUUUUUAUUUUGCGUUUUUAAAUUUUUUUAUUCUAUUCGUUAAUUUAAUUUUUUCUUUAACUCGUUCAGAACUAUGCUCUAUCAAACAUUGUCAUCGUUGAUAAUUUGAAAUGUAUUUUUAUUAGUAGUUUUUUUUUAAUAUUUACGCAUUUGGAUUAUAUAAGUACGUUAUCGUGAUCUUUUGUUUUCCGUAUUAACUUCUCUGUUUCAACUUAUAAUUCUAUUAGUGAUAGCAAAAAUGGGCAAUGGUGACGAAGAAUACGAUUAUUUGUUUAAAGUUGUUCUUAUUGGAGAUUCUGGUGUUGGCAAGAGUAACUUGCUAGCUAGAUUUACUCGCAAUGAAUUCAAUCUAGAAUCAAAGUCUACCAUUGGGGUAGAAUUUGCUACAAGAAGCAUUAAGGUAAAUAAGAAAAUAAUCAAAGCUCAAAUUUGGGACACUGCGGGACAAGAACGAUACAGAGCUAUCACAUCAGCUUAUUAUCGAGGAGCUGUAGGUGCACUGUUGGUUUAUGAUAUUGCAAAACAGUUAACUUAUCAAAAUGUAGAGCGAUGGUUGAGUGAACUUCGUGAUCAUGCUGAUCAAAACAUAGUCAUUAUGUUAGUGGGUAAUAAGUCAGAUUUGCGUCAUCUAAGAGCUGUACCAGCAGAUGAAGCUACAGCAUUUGCUGAGGCCAAUAAUUUGUCAUUUAUAGAAACUUCUGCUCUUGAUUCGACCAAUGUCGAAACUGCUUUUGAAAACAUAUUAACAGAAAUCCAUCGCAAAGUAUCAGCCCGUCAAAUGGAUAGUAUGGAUGGGGACGAAAUUGACAAAGUGUGUAUGAAGCCAAUCAGGAUAGAUGCAACUACAGCAAACACAAAUGAUUCGGCUGCAUUCCAAAUUAAACAAUUCUGUUGUAAUGCGUCAGCUUGAGUAUCAAAAUUUAAGUUCACUUUUAGAUUUUAUAAGUGUUGUCCCCUUUUCCAUAUUUUAUUUUAUUAUAAUUAUUAUUUUACAGUACAGGUAUUUUAAUUUAAGUUAAAUUAAAAUUCUUUUACUUGCUUCUCAUUUUGGGGCUCUUAUCUCUUCAUUAUUUAAAUACAAAUUAUACUUAUAAUUCUAUGUAUGUUUAAUAUU